AUGCCGGAGACACGCUUCCAAGUUUUGCAGCUCUACCGAGCGCUUCUACGUGCGUGUGAAGGUUUCGCAGACACCAACGUUCGUGCGUACGCCAAGCGCCGCGUUCAAGCCGGCUUUCGAGAGAACCGCAACCUGCAGGACCCCCAACGAAUCGAUCAGCUUCUCGAGAAGGCCCAAAAAGACCUAGAAAUGGUGCGAAGACAGACCACGAUCAGCAAGCUCUACCCGCCGCCUCCGUACGUUGUGGAGGCCACGACAAGGGCCGUACGCGAACGAGGAGCGGCGGACGUGUCGCGUGAGCUACCGUAG